AUGCAAAUAUCCAAGAUCGUCACUUCGUUUGCUGUUCUCAGCACAACCUCAGCUUUUGUGCUCCCCCGCUUCAUUACAGACCUGAGCGACCUUGCCAAAACUAACGGGCAAUUCGGCAACUUACCACAAAUUAUCCCAACGGCUGCUACGAUCAAGACUGACUUGACCAAUGUUAUUAAUUCCGUUCAGAAUCUCACCACUGCUCUUUCCAACCCCGAUGGAAAGUCACCCACAGAGCUCAUCAAGGGUGUCCUCGACGUUCGCAGCGUCCUUUUGAACACCAUAUCCCUUCAGUCAGCAAACCGCCAGGCAAUGCUGGACGCGAACGAGCUCGACACGGUUUUCUCGCCCGCCGACUCGACGAGUAUCGUGUCACAGCUUAAGGAUGAAUUUCUGCCCAAGGUUCAAACAGCAUUGAGUCUUCUCAAAGAGGCCAAGAAGCAGAACCUCCUCCCGACCUUGACCACUUCAUCGGCCAUCUUGCCCUAUCUCAAGAUCACGAGGAAGGAGUUUGAUACCUUUGGCAAGGGCAUCGUCAAGUUCCUCGAUGCCGGCUCCAAGUCGGGGGGUCAGACCGCAUUGGACAGCACUCUGGCGGCAUUGGACGAUGCCAUCAACGAUUACUCUAAGCUGUUCUGA